ACACGCAAUUUACAGAUAUCAUGGCGGACGUACUGGAUCUUCACGAAGCGGGAGGCGAGGACUUUCCUAUGGAUGAGGAUGGCGACGAAAGCAUCCAUAAAUUGAAAGAGAAAGCAAAGAAGAGGAAAGGAAGGGGCUUUGGCUCAGAGGAAGGAGCUAGGUCCAGAAUCAAAGAGGAUUAUGAUACUGUGGAACAAGAUGGUGAUGAGCCAGGCCCUCAAAGAUCUGUGGAGGGCUGGAUCCUGUUUGUAACCGGAGUCCAUGAGGAGGCCACGGAGGAGGACAUCCAUGACAAGUUUGCUGAGUUUGGCGAGAUCAAGAACUUGCAUCUUAACCUUGACCGUAGAACAGGAUACCUCAAGGGUUACGCACUGGUAGAGUAUGAGACAUACAAGGAGGCCCAAGCAGCCAUGGAAGGGCUGAAUGGCCAAGACCUAAUGGGCCAGCCAAUCAGCGUCGACUGGGGUUUCGUCAGAGGGCCACCCAAAAAUAAGAGGAGGGGAGGUGGACGGAGACGCAGCCGCAGCCCAGACAGGAGACGGCGUUGAUCCUGUGUUCUCUGAACUUCACAGGCAGUAUAUUAUCAUUUUGUCUGCCGAAGAGAAGAUAAUUUUGGUUCUUUUGUAUUGUAUUGGUUCUCACGAUGAAAAGCUGUACGGUGUCUUGUGGGUAAUGUAAAAAGUUACACGUGGUGGUUCAACACAGAAUUUGACUAAUUUUUUAAAGAAAUGGCGAUGUACGCAUUAGGGGUUGUGAAUUGUUUUUCUCUUUAAAACUAAUAGUUCUUAACAAGUAUGUUUUUCUUUUUAAUUCGCAAUCUUUUGUUUCAAGUUUCCCUUUGUUUAUGUUGUGUGCAUUGUAUGCCACUGGAGACUUUUAUUUUAUAAUCCUUGGAAGAAUUAAACUUUUUAAAACUGAAA